GGCAGCCCGCCACCGGCCCGAGCCGGGGUAGCCGGUGGUGACAUUGUGCAAGGUUCAAAGUCCGGUUGGCGGGAUCCAGGAAGCGUGGCAGGAAGCGGGCCCGGCCCGACUGCCCCCGCUGCUCACCAGGGCCCGCCCCCGCAGCCUUCCAGCCCGGCCCGCCUGCUCCAGACAUGGGGGGCUACCAGUCCCUGGGACUCCCACCCGUCGGAGGACCCUACGCCGUGGGCUGCGCGGACGUGAUGGCCGGCCACAGCUGCCAGGGGAGUUUCUUCCGGCUCUUCUACCCCUGCCAAGAGGAGGGCGAGGGGGCCAAGCAGCCCCUGUGGAUUCCUCGCUACGAGUACUGCGUGGGCCUGGCCAAUUACCUGGGCCUCAACGAGCGCUGGGGGAGCAGGCUGCUCAACUUGGCCGUCGGGUACUGCCACCUCCCCGCCAGCUGGAACGGUCGCCUGAAGCCCCGGCCGGCCGGCUACCCGCUCGUCAUCUUCUCCCACGGGCUGGGAGCCUUCAGGACGGUGUACUCCGCCUUCUGUAUGGAGCUGGCUUCCCGCGGCUUCCUGGUGGCUGUGCCGGAGCACAGGGACCGGUCCGCUGCCACCACGUACUUCUGUAAGUCGGCGGUGACGGCGGGCCCGGGGAGCGAGCCCCUGCAGGAGGAGUGGAUCCCAUUCCGGAGGAUGGAAGAAGGAGAAAAGGAGUUCCGGGUUCGAAACGCGCAGCUACACCAGCGUGCCAGUGAGUGUGCACAGAUACUGAGGCUCCUGGAGGAGGCCCAGGCCGGCCGGGCCGCCGCCAACAUCCUGCCCGACGGCUUUGACCUGUCAUCCCUGAAGGGCAACAUCGAUCUGAACCGGGUGGCGGUGAUGGGACACUCGUUCGGAGGGGCAACCGCCAUCCUGGCCCUGGCCAAAGAAACUCAGUUCCGGUGUGCCGUGGCCCUGGACGCCUGGAUGUACCCUUUGGAGCGCGACAUGUACCCCACCGCCCGCGGCCCCGUGUUCUUCAUCAACACCGAGAAGUUCCAGACGGCCGACAGCAUCAGCAAGAUGAAGAGGCUCUGCUCCCGCCACGAGCAGACCAAGAUCAUCACCGUCCUCGGUUCGGUCCAUCAGAGUCAAACGGACUUCACUUUCGUGACGGGGAACCUGCUGAGCAAACUCUUCUCUACGCGAGGGAGCCUGAACCCCUACGAGGGGCAGGAAAUCAUCUGUCACGCCAUCCUAGCCUUCCUGCAGAAGCACCUCGAGCUGAAAGAAGACUUUGACCAGUGGAGCGGCCUCCUCGAAGGCAACGGCCCCUCCGUCAUUCCUCUGGCCCCCCGCCAUCUGUGCAGCCUGUAGAGACCCCAGGGAGGGGCCCCCCUCUCUCUCAUCAUCAUCAUCAGUAGUAUUUAUUGAGCACUUACUAUGUGCAGAGCACUGUACUAAGCGCUUGGGAAGUACAAAUUGGCAACAGACGCGGUUUAAUGGUGAUGGGCACAGGUGGGGUUUGAACCUACUGCUGCUGCUGCUGCUGCUGCUGCUGAUCGGUGCAUUGGGCACUUUGAUUUUUUGGACCUGUGGGGAUUGGGGAAGACACCCCUCCCCUUACUUCCUAGCCAAGGGGGUAGCAGUGACAUUCAGAAGUCAGGAAUACAUCUAUGGUGUUUGGGGGGCUGGGCAGGGAGCCACUGCUCAAAUUCAAUCGUAUUUAUUGAGCGCUUACUGUGGGCGGAGCACCGUACUGAGCGCUUAAACCUGUCGGGGGAAGGGAAUCCUUCCAUCUCUGGAGAGAACGACGGGGCCGGGAUCUCCCGGGACCCUAUUUUGCUCUCCCCCGGGCUCAGCCUCAGUUUCCCUCCCUGCCCAGUGUGGGUCCAGACUGAAUGGGGCGGACGGUAGGACUCUUAGCACUUUACACUGAACUCUCCGGCCAAGCGAGGAGAGGUAUCCGGUGCGGGAGGGCGUAUCUCUGGUUGCGAGGCCCGGGCGGGAAGUGUCGCUCGGCCGGUACCCCCCUUCCCUCCCGCAGCCACUCCCGGGGGGCCCGCUAAAUCGAGAUCAGGCCAGAGACCUGAGACUCAAUCCCCCAGAGACCAGCUCUGCUUCCGUUCCCCAGUCCCAGAAACCGUCACGGGCCGACAGACCCCUGCCCCUCCACUCGGGCAGAGGCCUGUCCCCCUCCUGAGGCUCCUCCCCGGCACCCAGACCCCCAGAACGCUUCUGAAAUGUGAAAGUACGAUAAUACUAAUGACGCCUGGACGAAGGACGCAUCGGACUGGCCGCCUCUCUGGGAAAUCUGCAUUAAACGGAGCCUGGGGAUCAGUCGGCUUUGCUUUUUCCA